UUUUACUGACCAGCUCUCCUAAUAUCUAGUAGUAUUGCUUUCCAGAUAUGAGUUCAAAACAAACCAUGAAGAAUGGGUUAAAGAUGUCAAACCAAGACAAGGGCCUGAGAUCUCUCAUUGUGUUCUUGCAGCAAUCAACACUACAUAUGAGAAUGUGAAAACUUUAUACAAAGUCAAGGCUGAGAUGAGAGCUGCUCUGCAAAGUCUUCUAAAGGAUGAUGGAAUAUUAGUGAUUCCCACAAUUGCAGAUCCUCCACUAAAGCUGAAUUCAAAGAAAUGGUAUUCCAAUGAGUUUCGCGAUAGAGCAUUUGCAUUAUUGAGCAUUGCUAGCAUGUCUGGGGGCUGUCAGGUUUCUGUUCCAUUAGGAAAGGAUGAAGGUUUUCCUGUGUCUCUUUCAUUUAUCACAUACCAUGGAGCGGAUAAAUUUCUUCUUGAUACAGUUUUGGAUAUGUACACAUCUCUGCAAGACCAAGUCAGUAUUGCAUCCAAUUCAGCACCAUUGCCUGAUGUCAAUGGUAUUAUGGAUGCUUCCGAACUCUUGAAGGAAAAGGGAAAUGCUGCAUUCAAGGGAAUGCAAUGGAAUAAGGCUGUCAAGUACUAUAGUGAAGCUAUUAAGUUCAAUGGGACAAAUGCAACAUACUAUAACAACCGGGCAGCAGCUUACUUGGAACUAGGAUGCUUCCAACAAGCUGAAGAGGAUUGCAGUAAGGCAAUAUCACUUGACAAAAAGAAUGUGAAGGCAUAUCUGAGACGUGGGACUGCCAGAGAAUCACUACUCUGUUAUAAAGAGGCUCUUGAAGAUUUCAAACACGCUCUGGUUCUAGAGCCACAAAAUAAAGUGGCUAGCCUUGCAGAAAGAAGACUAAGAAAACUGAUUAGUUGAUUUUCCCCUGCUCUCCUUACAUCUUGUCUAACAAAUAUGACAAACAUUGAAGGAAGAUACAUGCAGAAUCGUCGCGCAAUGUCAGCCCUUUGGAUAAAAGGGAAAAUAAAAAUAAAGCUCGCUGUUUAUAGGGUUGCUCCAUUUUUUUUGCUUGGCAUACUCCCCUGCUGUACUUACGUCUUUGUCUAACAAAUAAUUUGUUGAUAUGUCUCCUUUCAAUAGCCAUGAGGAGGUUUUAAAAAUUAUUUAAAAUAUCUCGAGUUGGGCUCUAUUUUUUUAAUUAU